AAUAUUUGAGCAAACAAAAACAUUGAUUUUAGUAAAAUAUUUAGUAUAAUUAAAAUAAAAGUGCAUUCAGAAAUACCAUGUCUUCAUCCCGAGAUUAUGCUGAACUACGAAAUGAUGAAAAAUUCAAAAAAUGCGUGGAAAAUUUCGACAAUAACUUGGACAAAAUUGAAACUUCCAUUUUGACUGCAGUGGGUUUCAAGGAUUUCGAAGAAUUAUCUACACAGGAAAAAGUUAAAUUGGACAAUUACUUGGCCUACUCCAUUAAUUCUCUGUACUGGAUGUAUGUUAAACUACAAGGACAGGAUCCAAAUGAGCACGGAAUCAAAAACGAACUAUCACGCGUACGACAAACCAUUCUACGUGAUAAACAAAUCUAUGAACGCAAUACCAUAAGACCCGUAUUAGACAAAGGAGCUGCUGGACGUUUCAUUAAACACGGCCUGCACACACGUUUUGAUAAGGAUGGAGAAAAAAUAAAAAAUACAAACAAACAACAACAAAUGGAGGAAGAAUAAUUUUUAAAUUAAUAUUUUUACGUAUCAUAAGUAGAAGGAAUAACUUUUUAUAAAAGCAUCAUUUUACAUAAUUAAAAAAUAAAUUAAUUAAUUUAAGAAAAGCAAAAA